AAUGAUUAUUAUUAGAGAUAAUGUUAUUCCUUCAGUUAGGCCAUAGAAUAAUACUAAAUGAUUUUGGGUGUGUGAUUAUUGAAUCAAAGACGACGGCGUAAACAAAUGGAGGCGAUCGAGGAUCGGGAAAUGUUCAAGGGAAAUUGUGUAAUGUGUCCUGAUGAUUCUGAAUGUCCGAACUUCAGUACUUGUUGUCAACUUACUGAUGGAAAGUAUGGUUGUUGCGGACAUCCAUCUGCCGUAUGUUGUUCAGACCAUUUGCAUUGCUGUCCUCACGGCUUUGUCUGCGAUUUGAAGAGUAGCAAAUGUAUCGGCAGACAAGAUACCGGGAGUGAACCUUUGACGAAAAUGACGAUUGACGAUCGCUCAUACAAUAAUGAGAUUUCUGCUGGAUUGGAUGAAAUGUAAACUAUAAACCUAUGCAUUUACAAUAGUCUUGUGAUUUUCAUAUUUUCUUCAGUAUAAUAGUAUGAAAUAUUGCUACUAAGGUCCGUUAAUUGAUUUUUAGGGAAUGUUAUCUUACAAUUUAAUUUUAUUUUCCAUAAUAUCAAUAAUAUGAUCUCGUUGAAGCCAACUAGCCCUGAACCUGGACUUGAAUUUCGUAUUUUCUUUCAAGCCAGAUCGCAUUUCACAAUGUCGAGCCCUUUAAAAUCCAUUUCACGUUCUCAUAUUUUAACGUCUUUUGGAAUAUAACAGUGUGAAUACACUUUUGCAUAACUUUGCAAAUUCCUGAAGUUCAAAAGAUUUUGCCCAGCAUUAUUAGAUUUACGGUGAUAGCAAUUGUUUUCAUUGAUUGAAAGAUUUGUGUUAAUAUCGUAAUGACAUUUAGGUCGACAAAAUGAUUUUUUUUUCAUUAUGCCUUUGAAUGAAAUCACAAUCAAAUAAAAAUUAUGACCAAUUGCAAGGAUGUCGAUUAGCGUGUUAUUGUAAUUAUAAUCUUGAAAUUUUAGUUUCAGUUGGCCAAAAUCCAGUUAUCGAAAUCAAUUCUAAAGCACCCAUUUUUAUAGUUAGGUGAUGUAUGUAACAUUUCUAUUGACAUUACACAUUAUGGCUGAAAUCAACAUAAUUUAUAACAUCAUUAUGGUGAAUGUUAGUAACCCGUUUAUUAUCAAAUGCUUUCCCUAAUUCAGUACCAGUUUUCCGAGAUUUUGACAAAUUUGAAUGUAUGUAUAACAACUUUUUAUGAAUUCAAUCUUCCAUCCAUCUUGGAUACCUCUGACAGUGAUAGAUAUCUUUUUGUAUUAUGGACAUGAUUGAAUCUUUAAAACUUUCGGUUAAGUCAUCUUUGCUAUUAUGUGUUAAACAAUUAAUUUUAUCUUAUACAAUGUUCUUUGUUUUGCAUUUGUAUUGUCUUUUUUGAUUUAGUUCAGUGAAAAUUGACCUGAAAAGUUUCAAGCUGUGCAAUUUUGAUCCAUAUUAAAUAAGCAUAUUAAAUCUUGUUUUAUCUUAUGGCCUUUCUGGGGUGGGAAUUCGUAAUUUACCAUUCUUUUGGAGUUCUACCACCAAAUUUCCAGAAUAAAAUCAGCAAGAGGUA